AUGCGACUUCCAGAGCUUCUUCAGCGAGAUAAAAGCAUCGUGCUGGUCUUCUGGGCCUGCUUCCUGCCGUUUUGGAUCUGGCAGCUGGUGCGGCUCUACAGCAGCUCCCUGCAGCUCACCACCCAAACCCAGAAGUGCAUUAACUACCUAGUGACCUGCCUGACCUACAGCAACAGCUGCAUCAACCCCUUCCUCUACACCCUGCUCACCAAAAACUACCGGGAGUACCUGCGCAACAGGCACCGCAACUUCUACAGGUUCACGUCGUCCUUCCGCAAGCGGGGCUCCAACCUGCAGUGCUCCUGGGGACGGUCCAUGUCCUCCAGCAACCAGUACGACUACAGCUCGGAGGCCCUGGGCAUGGCCACGCUGAAGGACAAGUGAGGAGGAGGAGGCGCUCCGGACACACCGGGACCAGCAGAGCGUCUGGCCAAGGUAGGGCUUCGGGACACCUCAGCCCUGAAGGGGCCUCGAAACUCAUUUCUGGCUCGCUCUCUCUAGUGAGGGGCAAGAAGUUGCCUGAACUCAAGUACUAUGAGAUGAGCCUGAAUUCCCACCUGGCUGUUGGAGGGGUCCUGCUGGGAGCCAGCAGCCAUUUGGGACAAACCCUGCAGGGUUUUGGGUACAGAAGGUGAGGUGGAUACUUUGUUCAGUUCUGACACAAACUGUUUCCACGCUUUGCUGAGUUUUGCCCGGAUCCAGUUCCACACACCGUUUCUCCUGUGUGGUUUCUC